UUUAUUUCUUUAUUUCUUUAUAUAUUUAUAUAUAUUUUUUAUUAAGAAGUACCAACUCAACAUGCAACAACCUAACAACAAUGCUCGUCCUAACGCUCGUCUUAACACUCCUCCUGUCGUUAUGACAGCCGGUUCUUCUAACAGCAGUGAAGUUGCCAACACUCCUGUUAGAAGAAGUGCUACCAGCAACACUGAAGUUGCUGAAUUAAAAGAUAACAUUAGACAGCUUCAACAACAGUUUGCCUCAGUCCAAGCUCAGCUUGCUGCUGUCGUAGCUUCUAAAGAUUCAGGCAGCACUGGCAAAGGUCUAAUUGGUAGAUCAAGAGAGACUUCGAGCUUGAUUAGAAGAACAUACGAUCAAUACGUUGAAGAUAACUAUCUUCAAUAUGAUUUUAAUUUGUCAUUGAAGACUGGUUUCAAUAAGAUCAUUUAUGAUCAUAUUUUAAAUACUGUUAUUACAAAAGAAAAGGACAUCACGCGUAAUAACAGUAUUAGCGCUGAAAAAUUGAGGGAACUCAAGAGGCGUAUAAGAAAUCACUACGAGAACCUGAAGCAUCAGCAGAAGGUUCGAAAUCAAAGCCAAGAGGUACAGCAAGCGCUUGCUCAUAAAAGAAGAAUAGCCACGAGAAAAAACAGAAAAAUCGAAAGAAGAAGAGCAGCGUUUGCUGUACAUGGUGAGGCAAUCACCCAAAGAUUACGAUUGCCUUACGAGACAUGUCAACUCCUCUUAAAGGAGGAGUACAUGUCUGAUGAUGAAGAUGAUGAAGUUGAUGAACUUGGGAAUGUGACGUUGUUGAAGAGAAAGCGUCCUACUUGGAGAAAAAAAAAAAGCGAAUAUUAUCAUGUUAAUCGGCUUGGUAAAUGUAGAUUACUUUUAUUCACGGUUGACAUCAUAAACACACAAUUACUCAUGACUCAUUACACGUUUCACAUUGAAAACACUUAA